AAUAACCACGUGGGUCAAAAGAAAAUAAAUAGAAACAUAACCUAAAAAAAUAAGCAUGGCGAAAACAACAGCAGAGGAAAAAUCCGUGAAAAUUAAGGAUAAAAAGGAAAAGAAAGCUAAGAAAGUGAAGGAAUCUGAUCUGGAAAAGGUUGAGGAAGAACCCCAAGAUGAAAUAGUUGAAGAUUUGCCAGGAACAGACGAAGAAAGCACUUCAGAUGAGUCGGAAGAUGAAAGUUUGCCUCAAAAGAAAGGAACGAUUGCCUACGAUCCUGCAGAAGCGAGCAGGACGAUAUUUGUUGGGAACCUGCCAAUAAAUACAAAGAAGAAUCAAUUGAAAGCAUUCCUGAAGAAUUUCGGGGCGAUCAAGACUGUCCGGUUGCGAACUUACCAUGGCCAGAAGAUUCAGAACUGUCGACAGGUUAAAAAUCAUCCCUGCAUUACGGCUUAUGUUGUGUUUGAGAGUGAAGAGGCAGCCAUUGGGGCUCAGGAAGCCAGCGGAAAAGUCUUCCGGAAAGCCCAUAUUCGUGUCAUGAUGGCUGAUGGGAAGAAGAAGUACUUUGAUGGGAAGAGGACGGUUUUUGUGGGCAAUCUUACCUACGCUGUGACUGAUGAUGAUCUGUACGAGAUUUUCCAAUCCUGCGGGGAAAUUAGGUAUGUGAGGACAUUGAGGUGUCCUCUGGGAUGCAAAGGAACAGCCUAUGUGUGCUUCAAGAAUCCCGAAUCUGUGGGAUUGGCACUGGAACUCAAUGAGACAAUGAUGAAUGAUCGUCCAAUACGCGUUGAGAGGUACAAAGCGAAGCUCAAGACUCCCAAAGGAGGUCCUGUGCAGGAGAAAGACAAGCCCGGAGGGAAGAAACCACCUCAGAAGAGAGAUAAGAAGGGCGGCAAGAAGGAUUUCCGGGCAAAGAAAGAUGUGAAACGACUCCAGGGAGGGAAGAAUCUUCCAAAGAGUCAAGGAAAAGGCUUCCCAAGCAAGGAUAAAGAGGGGAAAGGUGGCAAAAUAAAUAAGAAGGUCGACAAAGAGAAGAUGAAGGAGAGGAAAGAGAAAUUCAAGAAAUUACAGAAAAAGAAGAAGCACCGCAGUUCGGUGAACAUGAAAUUGGCCAAGAAGCUCAAUCCGCAGCUGAAGAAAUCCACUUCGGGAAUUAAGAAGGAGCCCAAAAAGUCCAAAAUUGAGAAAUAAAUCUUUCAAGAGGA